AUGGCUGCUACAGCUUCUGUUUCCUCUUCUAUCUACAACAGAACAUACAACCUUUUCCUCACCCACUCUUCCAUUUCACUCACCACCAACUUCCCUCAAAGACCCAUAUCCCAAAAACAACUCAAUCUCAACCUCAAGUCCCAAAGUUUCAGUCUUUCGUUUCUCCCACUUCACCGUCUGCCUCCACCUUCCGCCGCCCUUGAUGGGUUGGAAGUGGGUCAAGACAGCUCUGAGUCACCAGAACCAGAAACAGAAACUGAAACCUCUGAAAAGACAGAACAAGAGAAAGACCAAAAGGUUUCAGACUCGAACGAUAACGAUACUGGGAGGCUCUAUGUUGGAAACUUGCCAUAUUCAAUUACUAAUUCCCAAUUGACAGAUCUCUUUGGAGAAGCUGGCACCGUGGCCUCUGCUGAGAUUGUGUAUGAUCGUGUCACGAGUAGAAGCAGGGGAUUUGCAUUUGUUACAAUGGGAAGUGUAGAGAAUGCUAAAGAGGCAAUUCGAAUGUUUGAUAGCUCUCAAGUUGGUGGUAGGACUGUUAAGGUAAACUUCCCAGAGGUACCCAAAGGAGGGGAAAGGUUGGUAAUGGGGGCAAAAAUAAGGAACAACAACAAAGGCUUUGUAGACAGUCCUCACAAGAUCUAUUGUGGAAACCUUGGCUGGGGAGUCACCUCACAGAGUCUUAGAGAGGCUUUCGCUGAGCAGCCAGGCGUAUUGGGUGCCAAGGUCGUCUAUGAGAGGGACAGUGGAAGAUCUCGAGGUUUCGGGUUUGUUUCCUUUACAACUGCCGAGUCUGCAGAAGCUGCCUUGGACUUUAUGAAUGGUGUGGAGGUACAAGGUCGCCCAUUGCGGUUGAAUAUGGCCGAAGCGAGGACACCAUCAUCUCCUCCAGUAAUUGAGGAAAAUGCAGGAAGCAAUGUUGAAAGAUCGGAAUUGGUCUCUAGUGCCAGAACAUAA